CCAGUUUGGUUGGAAACCGGACUGAAACACUCCCGCCGGUGUGCCGCCCACAGCUCAGAGGGAAACUUAGAAGAGAAGAAGAAACAACAGCAGCAGAAGAAGACAAUAAACCAACCACCAAAGAUGUCAGCAUCAUUAGGAGAGAAAUCUCUGCCUCUGAGUCAUGGUGCAAACAUGAAGGCAAGCCAACAGGAUGACUUUGUCAGAGUGAGGAAGAGAGACCUGGAGAAGUUAACCACAGAGGUCAUGCAGCUGAGGGAGUUCCUGCCCAGAGUGCUGAAGGGAGACCUGAUUGAAAUGCUGCAUAAAGCUCGGGCAGCUCAGACAAUGAAGGAGCAGCUUGUGCAGGAGCAGGAGAAGUUGCAACAGGAGUGUCUGCACCUUCAGUCCCGGCUGGAUGCAGCUCAGACUGAGUGUCAGAAAGAGAGAGAGGAGAAGCUGCUGCUACGCGAGCACCUGUGGCAGAGCGACGCAGAGCUGCAGCAGCAGGUGGACUUCUGCUCCGGUCUGGGAUCGGCAGCCGGCGGUCUGCUGUGGAGCUGCUCUGCCAGCGAGGACGCGGUCACACGCUGGCUGGCUGAUGGGAAGCUGCAGGCCUUCCUGUCCGUCGCUGCUCGUACUCUGGAGAGCUUCGUCAGGUCUCUGGAUGAGGAGGCCAAAACUCAAACCGAGGACCACACCUCUCAGGAGCACCAGUUCGUGCUGGCGCUGGCUGGAACCAUCACCAACAUAGCAGCAGUAACCUGUGGCCGGGACUUCCUGUCCAGCUCGGCGCACGUCCUCCUGGACACUCUGGUGAAGCUUUUGGAGCUGAUGAAGCCCGGCGUCUUCCCCAAAUUGAAAGUGUUGAUGCUGAUGGCUCUGUAUAAUGUCAGCAUCAGUGUUAAAGGACUGAAGUGCCUCAGUGAGAACCCAGGACUCCUGCCUCUCAUCUGGACCCUGCUGAGUGAUGGAGACUGGGAGGUGUCUCUCCACUCUCUGCGUCUCCUGCAGUCAGUGUUGCUGGAGGAGGAGGUGCUGCUCCUGCUGGGCCCUUCUCUGCUGGAUCCAGACCUCCAGGCUCUCGUCAAUCGUCUCACCUCCAGCGCUCAGCCCGGCCUGAGACUGGCUGCCCAGCAGACCCUGGAGGACCUGCGGACCCUCCAACAGGGUCGGGAUGUAAACAGCAACCUCUGAUGUGGAUUCACGAUCUUAAGUCCGGACGUCCGUCUGUGUUAACUUCUCCGAUCUGUGUUUGUGCACUUCAUGUCCAAAGUCGGGAGAAAUUUUCAUCAAAGUUAAGCCUUACAUAUUAAAGUAAAAGGAACAGUUUUAAUAUAUAAACUUUAAGUGUUCUUACAUGACCUGUUCACUGUUGAGCCUUCAGAUUUGCUCAUGUUUGUGUCUUGAUUAGUUUUUACCCACUUGAUGUGAAAACAGUUUUUAUAGAAGACACAUUAAAG